AUGCAUGUCUCGCACCGGCCGCUUCCGAGACUCAAGCUCCUGACCUUCUCCUUCCUAGCAUGGACGUCCAUCCACACCGCCUAUGCCAGCAAUGUCCUUGAGCGAGACAUUGCCAUCAUCGGUGGCGGCGCCUCCGGCGUGUAUGCCGCACUUCGACUGCGCGAGAUGAACCAUUCCUUUGCAAUCGUCGAGGAGAGGGACCACUUUGGCGGCCACGUCUCGACUUACACUGUCCCGGGGACGGAAACCCAUAUCGACUACGGCGCACAGGGCUUCGGCGGCGAUGAGGAUUCGAUCCGUCGUUUCUUCGGCUACUACGACAUCCCGCUCGUCCGUGUGAAGCUGGCCGAGGUUGGCUUUGGCAAGACCCGUUACGUCGACUUCAAGACGUCGACGGAACUGCCCGAUUUCCGCCCAGACCAGAACAUCAGCGUCCUCGCGCGCGAGGUGUACAAGUACCCGGAGCUUUCACUGAACACGGCGCUGCCAAGCCCUCUUCCGGAGGAUCUUGCUCUGACGUUCCGCGACUUCGUCACCAAGUACGGCAUCGAAUCCUCCGUCUUCAGCAUCUACUUCCAGACCGAGGGCCUGGGCGACCUGCUGUCGAAACCCACGCUCUACGUCUUCAAGUACCUGAACCCAGCCUACUUGGAUGGCCAGCUCCCAACGUCGCCGGGCUUCUUCGUGACAGAGCGGGCCUUCAACCAGGAGGUCUAUCUCCGGGCCCAGGCCGACUUUGGCGCGAGCGCACUCGUCUCGUCCCGUGUCGUGGCCGCGCAGCGCAACGACAGCCGCGUGGUCCUGGUCGUCAAGACACCGACCCGCACCCAGACCAUCGUCGCGAGGAAGCUCCUGGUCACGAUGCCACCGACGCUCGCCAACAUGCGCCCACUCGAUCUCGAUGCUCGCGAGCACGGGCUCUUCUCCCGCUUCGAGGCCCAAGGCUGGUAUGUCGGUUUGGUGAACGCGACAGGCUUUGUCGCGGGCCACGAGUUUAUCAACGCGGCGGCGGCGCACUCGCAGUUCCAUCUGCCCCAGCUGCCGGCGCUCUACCAGAUCUCGCCCACGCGCGUCGAGGGAAUCCACCUCGUGCGCUACGGCUCGCCAAGCUACAUGACCGAGAGCGAUGUCCGCGCCGACAUCGUCCGCACCGUCGACCGCGUCCGCCGCGCAGUCGUGCCCAACGCGGCGAGCCUGCCUUCCGUCGAGCUGCUGGCCUUCUCGAGUCACUGGCCCUUCAGCCUACGGGUCAGCGCCAGCGACAUGGCCGGCGGCUUCUACACCCGCCUGGACGCGCUGCAGGGUCACAGAAGCACGUGGUACACGGGCGCGACCUUCUCGUCGACGACCGCGUCCCAUGUGUGGAACUUUACCGAGCGUCUCCUCCCCCGCGUCUUCGAGUAGUGGUCUAGGUUGGGAUGCCGGUGAAGCGACUGGCUCUAGAAAGGGAGACGAACUUUGUGAGGGUUAGGUCUUCCC